AUGGCGCCCUCUUUCGAUCAUUUGCGCGAGGCCGACCUCGACGACGACGAGUUCAACGAAGAUGACAUUGACUUUUCCGAUCUCCGUGAGCGCUUCGACGUACAGCUCGACAAGGGCUACGAUACGUUUGUCGUCAUCGAUGGUCUUCCCGUCGUCAAUGAAGAGCAAAAGCCCAAGCUCGUCAAGUUUCUGCUCAAGAAGCUUAACACUGUUGGAAAGGCCCGUGAGGAUUCUAUUUACAUGCCCAUGGGUGACAACGACAAGUCUUUAGGAUUCGCAUUCAUCGAAUACUCAACCGCCAGCGAGGCCGCUGCUGCUGUCCGCUCCCUCGACAUGGUCCCUCUCGAUAAGAAGCACACCCUGAGAAUCAACAAGAUUAGCGACAUUGAAAGAUACGGUGCAGAAGGUCGUAUCAAGGAAGAAUAUGUCGCCCCCGCGAUUCCUCCCUUUGAGAAGCGUGAGCAUCUCAGGUGGUGGCUAAAGGAUCCUGCCGGUCGCGGCCGCGAUCAGUUCGUCAUGUACCGCGGUGACAACGUUGGCGUUUUCUGGAACAACGAAAAGGACCAGCCUGAGAACAUUGUUGAGCGCCAGCACUGGACCGAAACCUUCCUGCAGUGGUCGCCCAAGGGCAGCUACCUCACCUCGAUUCACGCCCGUGGAGUCCAGAUCUGGGGCGGCAGCUCAUGGUCGAAGCAGGGUCGUUUCCCCCACCCUUUUGUCAAUCUGGUUGCAUACUCGCCCAACGAAAAGUACCUUGUUACUUGGUCUAACCGUCCGAUUUCGGUGCCCGAGGAUGGCGGCGACGGUACCCUUACUGCUGACGAUGAGGGCAAGAAUUAUGUCAUCUGGGACAUUGAAUCCGAAAUGCCCAUCCGUUCGUUUGCUAACUUGGAGCCUCCCAAGUCCGAGGAUGGCAAGCCCCCGCCCAAGCAGCAGUGGCCUGCCUUCAAGUGGUCGGCCGACGACAAGUACGUUGCUCGUCUGAAUCCUGGCCAGUCCAUCUCCGUCUACGAGCUUCCCCGCAUGAAUCUCCUCGACAAGACCACCAUCAAGAUUGAUGCCGUGGUUGACUUUGACUGGGCUCCCGCUACAGUCAAGCGCGACGGCGUUAAGACGUAUGAACAGCUGUUUUGCUUCUGGACCCCCGAAAUUGGCAGCAAUCCCGCCAAGGUCAGCCUGAUGAGCAUUCCAUCCAAGGAGAUUGUCCGCAGCCUGAACCUCUUCAAUGUCAGUGAUGCUAAGCUCCACUGGCAAUCAGAGGGAGCCUACCUGUGCGUCAAGGUCGACCGUCACUCCAAGUCAAAGAAGUCUCAGGCUACGACGCUUGAGAUUUUCCGCGUCAAGGAGAAAGGCGUUCCAGUUGAGGUUGUAGACACUAUCAAGGAUACCGUCAUCAACUUUGCUUGGGAGCCCAAGGGCGACCGUUUUGCCAUCAUCACCACAACUGAGCCCGUGGCCGCCACAGCUGUUACGCCCAAGACGGCGGUUUCUUUCUUCUGUCCCGAGAAGGCCAAAGGUCCCGUCGCUGGUAACUUUAAGCACCUGCGCACACUGGACAAAAAGAACAGCAAUGCCAUCUACUGGUCGCCCAAGGGUCGAUUCGUGCUCAUUGCCACGAUUGGCAAUCAGCAGAGCUCGGAUCUCGACUUCUUCGAUCUCGACUUUGAGGGCGAGAAGCCGGAAUCGGAUAAGGAUCUCACGGCCAACUUGCAGCUGAUGAACACUGGCGACCACUACGGUGUGACAGACAUUGAGUGGGAUCCAUCUGGUCGUUUUGUGGCGACCUGGGCCUCUGCCUGGAAGCACUCUAUGGAAAAUGGCUAUCACAUUUACGACUUCCGUGGAGAGGUUCUGAGGGAGGAGCCGGUGGAGAAGUUCAAGCAGUUCCAAUGGCGGCCGCGGCCGGCGACGCUGCUGAGCAAGGAAGAGCAGAAGCAAGUGCGCAAGAAUUUGCGCGAAUACAGCCGCGUAUUUGAGCAAGAAGACGCCGAUCGUGGCGCAUCUGCUGACUUGGCUGUGGUGGAGGCGCGACGCCGUAUGCUCGAGGAGUGGUACAUGUGGCGGGCGGAUGUGGAGGAGGAAGUGUACGAGGAAAGAGAAGCGCUGGGGCUACCGCAAGAUCCCCAUGCUGCGCUGUUGGCGGCAAAGACGAAGGAGGUCGAGGGCACGGGAGGCUCAGUCGAAGAGGAGAAGAUCAUCGAGGAGAUUGUGGAAGAGGUGUUGGAGGAGUCGGAGGAGAUUGUGGGCUAG